AUGAUACAUCUUCCAAAACAAAAUAACGAAGAUGGAAUAGAUAUUCAAAUAGAACUUGGGCCAGAUAAAAAACUAAAAAUUAUUAAAAAAAAUACAAAUAAAAAUGAAUUAUCUAACCAAGAUAACAAAAUAUGUAAUGUCAUAAAAAAUAAUAAAACAAUAUAUGAUACAUCUGAAUCAGGUAUGCAAUUAUAUUUAAAUUAUUUUAAAACCAAUUUUCAAAAUUUUUCAAAAGAUAAUUCAUAUAUUGUAUAUAACAAAAAACAAAUUAAAGACAAAUUUAAAGAACAAAUAAAUAAUAUUAGAUCAUUAUUAAAUCUUAAAUAUGAUUAUGCAUAUUAUAUUAUGAAAUGUUAUGACUUUAAUUCUGAAUCUUUAAUUGAAGAUUGGUUUAGUGAUUCUACAAAGGUUCUUAAAAAUACAAAUUUGAUGCAUCUAACUGAAAAUGAAUUGUAUGAAAAUGUAGAACUGCCUAAUGUAGAACUGCCUAAUGUAGAACUGCCUAAUGUAGAACUGCCUAAUGUAGAACCGCAAAAUUAUCAAUGCAACCAAAAUUCGACUCCUAACCAACUUGAAAGCAAUUCUGAUCAAAAUUCUAAUUUCAUUUGCCCAAUAUUACUAAAUGAAUGCUCCAUAAAUGAUACAUAUGCAUUAAAUUGUGGUCAUCGCUUUUCAAAUAAAUCAUGGUUAUCAUAUUUAAAAACAGGAAUAGAAAAUGAUUAUGACGAAUAUAUAAUACAUAAAAAAUGUAUGAACAAUGAAUGUAAAUAUUUUCUAAAAAAAAAAGAUUGGAAAAUUUUAUGUGAUAAAAAUAUGUAUAAGCAAUAUAAAGAAUUGUUAUUAAAUGUUUAUAUUAAAAAAAGUUAUAAUUUAAAAUAUUGCCCAAAUAAAGAAUGUGAAUAUAUAAUAGAAUCCAUGUUAUUAAUAAAAAAUGCAGCAAAUGCAGCAAAUGCAGCAAAUGCAACAAACCAUGCCAAUCUUGAUAAGUAUAAAAAUUUAAAUAUAAUUUGUAAAUGUGGAUAUAACUUUUGUUUUAUAUGUUUAGAAUCAUUUCAUAAACCAGUUAGAUGUUCACUAAUUCAAAAAUGGAAUCAAUUACAAACAAAAGGUGAUCAAAAUAUACAAUGGAUUAAUGCAAAUACAAAAAAAUGUCCAAAUUGUAAUAAAUCAAUAGAAAAAAUAUCAGGAUGUAUGAAUAUUAAAUGUAUGUGUGGGUUCAGCUUUUGUUGGCUUUGUCUUAAAGAGUGGACUAGCCAUAAAGGUGGGUUCUAUAAUUGCAAUAAAUAUUUAGAAAACACAAAUCAAAAAUCGAGUAAUAAAGAUCAAGCAGAUGCAGUAAGCGAAAUGAGCAAAAUGGAAAAAAAAAAGUCACAUUUAGAAAUGAAUAAAUAUAAUCAUUAUAAAGAAAGAUUUGAUGCACAAGAAUAUGGAGAAAAAUUUACCAUCAAUUCACAAUUAUAUUUUUUACAUAAUUUUUGUAAAAAUAAUAAUUUAGAUGUUAAUAAAUUCAAAAAAUUUGAAGACUCUUUAAUUCUAACAAUUAAAUAUAGACAAAUAUUAAAAUGGUCUUAUGCACUUUCAUAUUUAUUUAAUUGGGAUAAUUUAGACAAAAAAAAUAUGUUUGAAUAUUAUCAAGGAGAGUUAGAAAGAAAUUUAGAAAAAUUGCAACAAAAAAUAGAAAAUAUCAAUCUAUCUUUAAUUAUUAAUCAUACAAAUCAUAAAAGUUUACAAGAAAUAAAUGAGUUAACAAAAGUUAUUGAUUUAUAUUUUAAAAAUAUUUCCAAUUUUAUUGAAAACGAUUUUUUUUGA